AUGGCCCGUACUAAGCAGACAGCCCGUAAAUCCACCGGAGGGAAGGCUCCCAGGAAGCAGCUGGCCACCAAGGCUGCCAGGAAAAGCGCUCCCGCUACCGGUGGUGUCAAGAAACCUCACCGUUACCGCCCUGGCACGGUAGCUCUUCGGGAAAUCCGUCGCUAUCAGAAAUCCACUGAGCUGCUGAUCCGCAAACUGCCCUUCCAGCGCCUGGUCCGUGAGAUCGCCCAGGACUUCAAAACCGACCUGCGCUUCCAGAGCUCUGCUGUCAUGGCCUUGCAAGAGGCUAGCGAGGCUUACCUGGUUGGCCUCUUCGAGGAUACCAACCUGUGUGCCAUCCACGCCAAGAGAGUGACCAUCAUGCCCAAAGACAUCCAGCUGGCUCGCAGGAUUAGAGGAGAGCGUAUGGCAUACUUGUUACAAUUUGAUACUAUGUUACUGUGUGCCAUUCCAGCCACUGAUAAGGUCCACCCCGACACCGGUAUCUCCUCCAAGGCCAUGGGGAUCAUGAACUCCUUUGUCAAUGAUAUCUUCGAGCGCAUCGCAGGGGAAGCCUCCCGUCUGGCUCACUAUAACAAGCGCUCCACCAUCACCUCCCGGGAGAUCCAGACCGCUGUACGGCUCUUACUGCCCGGAGAGCUGGCCAAACACGCCGUGUCUGAGGGCACCAAGGCAGUGACCAAGUACACCAGCGCCAAAAUGGCCCGUACUAAGCAGACAGCCCGUAAAUCCACCGGAGGGAAGGCUCCCAGGAAGCAGCUGGCCACCAAGGCUGCCAGGAAAAGCGCUCCCGCUACCGGUGGUGUCAAGAAACCUCACCGUUACCGCCCUGGCACGGUAGCUCUUCGGGAAAUCCGUCGCUAUCAGAAAUCCACUGAGCUGCUGAUCCGCAAACUGCCCUUCCAGCGCCUGGUCCGUGAGAUCGCCCAGGACUUCAAAACCGACCUGCGCUUCCAGAGCUCUGCUGUCAUGGCCUUGCAAGAGGCUAGCGAGGCUUACCUGGUUGGCCUCUUCGAGGAUACCAACCUGUGUGCCAUCCACGCCAAGAGAGUGACCAUCAUGCCCAAAGACAUCCAGCUGGCUCGCAGGAUUAGAGGAGAGCGCGCUUAA